UUCAUGGUUUUGGUUUACAUUUUCAUUUAUCUCAAAAUUAUUGCUUCAGUGCUCAAAGACAUUUAAGACCCUGUUGUCCAGAAAAAUUUUGUCCAGUCGUCAAAUCUUCAAAAAUCAUUUGUAUGCGUUAAUCAUUCCGCAAAAGUACGUUCAGUUUACGUAAUUUGUGCAAAUUAAACAUUUACUCCAAACAAGAUGGCACGAUACCUCAAAAAACUAGCCUCUAUUUUACUACUUGUACUUUUUCACCUCACAAGCCCCAUGUUUGCCAAAGUGCUUGUUAAACGCCAAGUUUCUCCUGGAAUUCAAAAAAUCUUGCAGGACUUCACAACAAGACUUAACCAAUUGGAGGAUACUCAACAAGAAGAUCGCGACAGUUUGGAAUCAAUUCGUGGAUUUUUUAACGCAAUCGGAGUAGGAAAAGGGGACCACAAUCCUUGUGGAGGGAACGGCUGGAUGAAAUUCGCGACGACAUCUUGCAUAAAAGUUAUGCCAAGCAUUUACACCAUGGACGAGGCGGAUGCAGCUUGUGAGGCGGACUACUCACCUGAUUCUGACCUCGACUACCCUUCCGUUUUUGCCAUUAAUUCCGCCGAGGAGCAAAACUUAAUUUCCUCUCUUCUAAAGACGAAAACGUAUUCAUUCAUCACAGGAAUUUGGCUGUCUAACAAUAUUUCCAGUCCUUACGCUAACUGGGGGGCAGGAUCUCCCACGAAUUUGGACGGUCGAAACUGUGUCGAGUUAAGAAAUGAUGGUCAAAUGAGCGGCGUAUGGUUGGAUGUUACAUGUGAUAGAAAAAACAGCAUAAUUUGUCACAAAUCCGUUACAAUUUCAUAUCUCGAUGUUAUAAAAGAACUGACAAAGUUGGGCAUGAAAAUAAUACAACAAGAUCAAGAGGUAGUUAAAAUGGAAGCAGAGAAAGCCGAGCUGAAUCACAAAGUAGAAAUUCUGGAAAAUAAUUAUGCCACUUUAAAACUGGAAGUAGAUUCCAUUUCAGUUAAAAUUGAGGAAUUUAAAACAAUCGACCAAAGUCCUCCACCUCAACAAAAUCACGAUAACGGGAUCGACUGGGCCGGGAAGACUUGGGCAUUUGGGUGCGAUUUUGUGGGGAAUAAUGCAUUCAAUGUAAGACUGCGAGGGGAGGAGUGCGGAGGGCAUUGUUGGCAUACGGCGGAUUGUACACAUUUUGCAUGGACAGAUUGGACAUAUGACGGACAAGGGCCUGGAACCUGCUGGAUUAAAAGGGGACAGAUUUCGAAACAUGAUGCGAUAAAGAGUAACACUGCAAAUAUCGUGUGUGGAUUUAUUCCAGAAAGAUUGGCCCAUGCGUAAUGAAAUUUAUGGUUAAAACAAUGUAUAAUGUAUAAAUUUUAUUUCUGGAUAAUUGUGUUAAGGGUGAGGAGAUGCAUGUGUAAAUUAUAACUAAUAUUAAUUCUCCCUGUUAAUGAUACCCAAAAUGUAAUGGUGUAAAUAAAGUAAUAUGUUACAGCGUCACUAACUUUGA